UUAUUUUGUUUGCAGCAAUCGUCUGCUCAGUUAGUGAUCAACGAGGCACUAACUAAACACGUCUGAAAGUUUUCUUCAAAAUGACUGGUGGCCUGCUCAAGAUAUAUUCACUUCUUCAUAAAAGUAAAGUAUGUCAUCAUCAUUACCAUGGACUAUACAAAGCUAGGUUACGGACACUUCAUCAUGUAUUGUGGUGCAGGGGAUGUUCAAGCUCAGCGUCACAGCCACGUUUCAAUCCUCUCAACAUUCAGAUGCUUUCUCAAGAACUCCAUGAACAAAUCUUCAAAACUGACAAACGUCGGAGGAAGUCGACGCCGCCCUCCAAUGAAGACAUCCAAAGAAGCAUCAGACAUCUUGAACAGCAUAAUUUAUGGGGCAAAGAGGGUGACCUCCUUCCAGAUGUUCAUUUCAAACUUCCAAAACUCUUUGGCAGGAAUAUUGAUGAGCACUUUCAGAUUCUAGCAAUGAAACAGAGCGAUGAAUAUAUGAAGUUAUCUGAGUUAUUAGCCUUUUCAUCUUUGCCUCCAAUGCCAGAGGAAUGGGAGUUCCGUAAAGGAUGGACGAUGUAUAAGCUGGGAGAGAACAGUGAAGUUGAUUAUCCUUUGGAGGAGGCGAUAGUUUUUGACGUUGAGUGUUUAAUGACAGAGCUGGAUGGUCAAGUCCCUACGUUGGCAGUUGCUGCGUCUACAGAAGCAUGGUACUCAUGGUGCAGCGAGCGGUUAAUAGAGGAACGUCUUGCUUUAUCUCCUCGUAUUACUCCAGCUGACCUUAUUCCUCUUGAGACGACAUCUUCAUCUUGUAAGGCGCCGGAUCAAACUGGCUGGAAGGAACGUUUGGUUGUAGGUCAUAACGUUAGUUUUGAUCGCAGCUACAUCAAGGAACAGUAUCUACUCAAGGGUACGAAGACACGAUUCCUAGAUACACUAAGUCUACACAUGGCAGUCUCUGGUCUGACUACCUACCAACGAGCGUUGUGGAAUGCCAAGAACACAGGCAAGGGUCAAGGAACUCAAUACCUGGCCAGGAAAGCUGCUAACAAAUCGGCUGGACCAGUUUCAACAGCCUGGCUUCAUAAGAGCAGUCCAAAUAACCUUGCUGAUGUUUACGCCCUCUAUAGUCGAGAUGAUGAAAGGCUCGACAAGAGCCAACGAGAUACAUUUAUUUCUGGAACGAUGGAGGAAGUACGUGAUAACUUUCAGGAGCUGGUAUCAUACUGUGCUAAGGAUGUAGAAGCAACCCACAUUGUUUUCACGCAUCUCUUUCCAAAAUUCUUAGAAAGAUUUCAACACCCAGUGACGUUUGCCGCUAUGCUAGAAAUGGGUCAAGCUUAUUUACCUGUCAAUCAUAAUUGGGAUCGCUACUUAAGAGAAUCUCAAGAAACUUAUGAAGUUCUUCAGCAAGAGAUGAAACUAGCUUUAAUGCAUCUUGCAAAUGAUGCGUGUCAGCUCAUGGAAGAUGAAAGUUACAAAGAUGACCCUUGGCUGUGGGAGCUUGACUGGUCAACUGAAGACUAUAAACUCAAAAAGGAAGUCGUAAAAAAGAAACCAAGACGCAAAGCAAUCAACCAAGACGUUAAAGAAGAUUCUCUGAGUAAAAUUGAAGAUGAUAAUGAGAUGGGGAGGAUGCCUAAAGAGGACAGUGGUGGUCUUGGAGAGGUAGCUCAAGAUAGAUCCAAGGUUGCACUUCAAGAUGAUGGUGUUCUGAGGGAGGUUGAUGUCAGAGUGGAGGUGGAAGAUGAGGAACUGGAGAAGGAGAGACGUGAGAAGGAGGAGCGAGACGCUAGAGUGAAGGAAGUGAUGGAGACGGCAAUUAGGAUUCCUAAGGUCAAACAACACAUGGUGGGAUAUCCGAUGUGGUUUCGGGAACUGUGCCCAAGGAAACUGGACGAGGAGUGGGCACCUGGGCCAUCACUCAUCAGCUCCCAGGUACGAGUUGCUCCUAAGUUACUACGUCUAACAUGGGAAGGCUAUCCAAUACACUAUGAGAUAAAGCAUGGAUGGGGGUACUUGAUACCGGGUAGAGAGGAGGAGGAGGAGGAGUGUGACGAGGAGGAACAAAAACCAAAGUUUCCUCUGGGUGCUUUGAAGAAACUCAUGCAACAGCAGACUCCCCAUGAUGGUCAGAAACCAUCAGCAGAGGUUGACUCCCCAGCUGGUAAUGUUCAGUUUGAUAUGGAAAGCAAUGGUCAUGAUAUCAGUGAAGAAGAAAACAUGGUGAGAAUUUUUACUCUGCCGUCUUUUUGUCAUAAAACUUUGAGAUCCCUGUACCAGGAUGGUGCAUCAAAUAAAGUGGGCAACCCUUUAGCAAAGGACUUCUUUAAUAAACUUGAAGAUGGGACGUUAAGAUCCGCUGGAGGAGCCCAAGCAACUAGGAUCCUUGAACUGAAUAAAAUCAUCUCAUCCUGGAGGAACUCAAACAAAAGAAUUAAUUCCCAGAUGGUCAUUGACAUUGACAAGAACCACUUGCCACGCUCAGUGACCCGUCAUCCAGACUAUGACGAGGAUGGUACCUAUGGUGCUAUUAUACCUAGAGUCAUUACAGCUGGUACAGUUACCAGACGAGCUGUAGAACCAACAUGGCUGACUGCUACAAAUGCAAGGGUUGACCGUGUUGGCAGUGAGUUAAAGGCCAUGGUUCAAACCCCUCCUGGGUAUCACUUUGUAGGAGCAGACGUGGAUUCACAAGAACUCUGGAUCGCUGCUCUGCUUGGAGAUGCUAACUUUGCUGGUUGCCAUGGUUGUACAGCAUUUGGUUGGAUGACAUUACAAGGCAAGAAGAGUAGUGCUACUGAUAUGCAUAGUAUCACAGCUUCAACUGUUGGUAUCAGUAGAGAACAUGCUAAGAUUAUAAACUAUGGUCGUAUCUACGGAGCCGGGAGGCCAUUUGCCGUCCGACUGCUGAUGCAGUUUAAUCAUAGGAUGAGUCUGGAAGAAGCUCAAGAAAAAUCUAAUAAGAUGUAUGCUGCUACAAAAGGUGUAAGGAGGUUUCAUCUUGAAGACAAAGCUGCAGAGUUUCUCAUCGCUCAUAACAUCCUAAAGGAGUCUGAAGACAGAUACAUCUCUAGUGGCAGACUUAAAGAAAUUGGUAAACAUCUCAAACCUGGCAAAAGGCGUCUCUUGUCGGACACUAAACUGUGGGCUGAUGGAAGUGAGUCAGCCAUGUUUAAUCAACUUGAAAGUAUCGCUCACUCUAAACAUCCUAAAACACCUGUCCUUAACUCGUCAAUUAGUCGAGCCCUGGAGCCUGCGACUGUCAACAAUGAGUUCAUUACAAGCCGAAUAAACUGGGUCGUUCAAAGCUCUGCGGUAGACUACCUCCAUCUUAUGUUAGUCAGUAUGCGUUGGCUCUUUGAACAAUUCAACAUUGACGGUAGAUUCUGCAUCAGUAUACAUGAUGAAGUACGCUAUCUGGUUACCAGUGAAGACAGGUACCGAGCAGCCUUGGCGUUGCAGAUAACGAACCUCUUGACCAGGAGUAUGUUUGCAUACAAGGUUGGAAUGAAUGAUCUUCCUCAGUCUGUAGCUUUCUUCAGUGCUGUGGAUAUAGACACUGUACUACGUAAAGAAGUAACGAUGGAUUGUCAAACUCCGUCUAAUCCAUAUGGUCUACACAGAGGUUAUGGAAUACCAGCAGGAGAGGCUUUUGAUAUUUAUGAAAUACUGGAGAAAACCAACAAUGGAUUGUUAGCCAAAAGUAGCAGCAACAGCAGUGCUUUCAGCAGCAGUACUACAGUAACUGCAGCAAGUCAGUCCUCUAUGCGGUGACUACAGCAAGUACAUGUAUGUCCAGCAACAGCAAGAGUCAUUUAGGGUCUACAGCUAUUUUUUUUUCUGACAACAGCAGCAGUGCGUUCAGCAGCAGUAUGCAGUAACUGCAGCAAGUCAGUCCUCCAAACAGUGAAAGGACUGACGACUGACUGCAACAAUUAUUUCCAGCAUCAUCAGCAGCACCAGUGCCACCAACAGCAACAAUUAGCAGGUUUUAAUUCUCUGCAGUAGGUCUAUAACAACAACUGUGGUACUUGCAGCAGUGCUACCUGCUGCAGCCGAAGCAGCACCAAUAGAGUCACCGGUACUAACUGCAGCACCUGCAGUAGGUCUAUAACAAUAACAGUGGCACUUGCAGCAGUGGUAUCAACAGUAGCAUGCAGCAGCACCAAUAGUAGCAUCUGUAUAACCUAACUGCAGCAGCUGCAGUAGGUCUAUAACAACAACAGGGGUACUGGCAGAAGUGCUACCAGCUGCACCAGUAGCAGCAUCAGUACUAACUACAUCAGCUACAGUGGGUCCGUAACAACAGCAGUGCUACCAGCUGCAGCAGUAGCAACAGCACCAAUAGAGUCAUCGGUAUUAACUGCAGCAGCUGCAGUAGGUCUCUUCAAUAACUGUAGUACAUGCAGCAAUGCUACCAGCUGCAGCAGUAGCAGCAUCAGUACUAACUACAGCAGCUACAGUGGGUAUGUAACAACAACAGUGCUACCAGCUGCAGUGGUAGCAGCAGCACCAAUAGAGUCAUCGGUGCUAACUGCAGCAGCUGCAGUAGGUCUAUAACAAUAACUGUGGUACUUGCAGCAGUGCUACCAGCUGCAGCAGUAGCAGCAUCAGUACUAACUACAUCAGCUAUAUUUGGUAUGUAACAACAACAGUGAUACCAGCUGCAGUGGUAGCAGCAGCACAAAUAGAGGCAUCAGUACUAACUGCAGCAGUUGCAGUAGGUCUGUAACAAUAACAGUGGUACUUGCAGCAGUGCUACCAGCUGCAGCAGUAGCAGCAUCAGUACUAACUACAUCAGCUACAGAUGGUAUGUAACAAUAACAGUGCUACCAGCUGCAGUAGGUCUGUAACAAUAACAGUGGUACUUGCAGCAGUGCUACCAGCUGCAGCAGUAGCAGCAUCAGUACUUACUACAGUACAUCAGCUACAGUGGGUAUGUAACAACAACAGUGCUACCAGCUGCAGUGGUAGCAGCAGCACAAAUAGAGUCAUCAGUACUAACUGCACAGCAGUUGCAGUAGGUCUGUAACAAUAACAGUGGUACUUGCAGCAGUGCUACCAGCUGCAGCAGCAGCAGCAUCAGUACUAACUACAUCAGCUACAGUUGGUAUGUAACAAUAACAGUGCUACCAGCUGCAGUGGUAGCAGCAGCACAAAUAGAGGCAUCAGUACUAACUGCACAGCAGUUGCAGUAGGUCUGUAACAAUAACAGUGGUACUUGCAGCAGUGCUACCAGCUGCAGCAGCAGCAGCAUCAGUACUAACUACAUCAGCUACAGUUGGUAUGUAACAAUAACAGUGCUACCAGCUGCAGUAGGUCUGUAACAAUAACAGUGGUACUUGCAGCAGUGCUACCAGCUGCAGCAGUAGCAGCAUCAGUACUUACUACAUCAGCUACAGUGGGUAUGUAACAACAACAGUGUUACCAGCUGCAGUAGGUCUGUAACAAUAACAGUGGUACUUGCAGCAGUGCUACCAGCUGCAGCAGCAUCAGUACUAACUACAUCAGCUACAGUGGGUAUGUAACAACAACAGUGCUACCAGCUGCAGUGGUAGCAGCAGCACAAUUAGAGCCAUCAGUUCUAACUACACAGCAGUUGCAGAGACUGUCCUGCCAUUUGCAGCAAUAUUAUUACCAGUGCCUAAACUACUACAAACUCCAGUAAGAAAAAAAAAUGUAACUGCGUGUAAACUUUGAUUCAACAAAAAAAUGGAAGUGAGUUUGGUUUAGCUCUUUUGAAACUUGGUGCAAAUAAACCGACUAAACUAUACCAAGUUUACUGCGUGUACAAAGGAAUCAGGUAACUUUGAAAGAUCAAUUAAAGAAAUACUCUCCAUUGACAUAUAUUUAUUUUUAAAAUACAUUUAUAUUUUGCUACUUAUAAGCCAUGUAAAAUAAACUUUAACAAGCAAAUCAUCAAGUUAAACUGUACAUCGGUUGUAAAUUUAAUUUAUCAAUGGUGACAGGUUAGUCAGCCAUAAUGUGCAAGAUUUGUAAUUUGGUGUGGUUUAUGAAGUUAGAACUGAGUUAGUUUGAAGGUAACAGACAAGUUUGAAGGUAACAGACAAGUUUGAAGGUAACAGACAAGUUUGAAGGUAACAGACAAGUUUGAAGGUAACACAAGUUUGAAGGUAACAGACAAGUUUGAAGGUAACAGACAAGUUUGAAGGUAACAGACAGGUUUGAAGGUAACAGACAAGUUUGAAGGUAACAGACAAGUAAAUAAAAUCUUUCUUGAGAAAAGUGUUGGUUCUGAGAUGAUUCUGAGAAGAACUCUGAACCCGUGAUGAGACUUCAGUACAGUCUCCAGUUUCCAGUAGAGACUUUAUAGAAGAACUACUAAUUUUUCUCUCUGUUUUAAAUUUCUGUUAUGAUUUUGUUCACCACCAAAACAAAGAAAGAUUUACAAAGAUAAAUGUUUUGUUUGGUUGUCCAAUGUCUGAAUUGGUGCAUAAAAUAGUCUCCACCUAAUAACUCUGGCAGACAAAACUCACUAAGAGAAACAGUACUUUGCCUGGAAACUUAAAGGCAGUGGACACUUUUGGUAAUUACUCAAAAUAAUUAUCAGCAUAAAACCUCACUUGGUAACAA